AGGGCUGCCCUAGCCGCCAGACUACUCCGGUAAGGUUAGCCCUUUCCCUUCAGUGAACCUCAGUUUCCCUCAUAUAUACAUCAAGGUGGGGAGGGGUUGGUCACUUUCCCGGUCGACUUUCUGGGACUCUGAGGUUCUCAAGCCCCAUCUCGAUUCAGCCAAAAUGACAAGAAAAAGAAUUGAACAAGAUAGACAGAAGGAUAUGACAGUUCUCGCCAUUGUACCCCACUUCGUCUCAGGAAGCAGAAACACCCCCGAGAUCGACAUUAGCCAACCACCUCAACGAGCCGCAGGCCUCGGCGACGGGUGGCCAGUGGGGUUAUACCAUAACAAGACCUGAGGUCUAGGAGGCGCGGGAUUAUGUUCACUUGCCCUCACUCAACAUGGCGCUCCGGGAAGUGGAAGCUAUCGUGAAGUGGGGGGUGGAGCGAGUGAAGUGUCGUAUGCCGUGAUCCGAAACAGCGCAAGGCAGUGGGAAGAGCGGGGUCAUUUGCCCUCAUCAAAGAUGGUGUUCACGGCGCGUUUUCUCCUCCCCCCCCCCCCCGCCCCGACCCUAUGCGUUCGUCCCUGGCUCCGCCUCAUUACUCUGACCCCGCCUCCGCCUUCCAGCUACCCGUUGCUGGGCUGGGCUCACUCAGUGGCGAGUUGUCUUCUCCCGGGGCAGGUUGAGAUAGGUGCUUUGGACAUGGCGGCGGCGGCGGCGGCUACUGCAGUAUCUUCGACGUCGAAGGGGAAUGGGACCAGCGGCAGGGCUGGGCCCAGUGAAGCUGGCGGCCCUCGAAAAAAGAAGGGACCGGGGCCCUUGGCCACCGCAUACUUGGUCAUCUACAAUGUAGUGAUGACUGCCGGGUGGCUUGUUAUUGCAGUUGGUUUGGUCAGGGCAUAUUUGGCAAAAGGUAGCUAUCACAGCCUUUAUUUUUCAAUUGAAAAACCUUUGAAAUUCUUCCAGACUGGAGCCCUCCUGGAGAUUUUACACUGUGCUAUAGGAAUUGUUCCCUCUUCUGUAGUCCUGACUUCUUUCCAAGUGAUGUCAAGAGUUUUUCUAAUAUGGGCAGUGACACACAGUGUCAAAGAGGUUCAAAGUGAAGACAGUGUCCUUCUGUUUGUGAUUGCCUGGACAAUCACUGAGAUUAUUCGUUAUUCCUUUUAUACAUUUAGUCUACUAAACCAUCUGCCUUAUAUCAUCAAAUGGGCCAGGUACACACUUUUCAUUGUGCUCUACCCAAUGGGAGUGUCGGGCGAGUUACUCACAAUAUAUGCUGCUUUGCCCUUCGUCAGACAAGCCAGCUUAUAUUCCAUUAGCCUACCUAACAAAUACAAUUUUUCCUUUGACUACUAUGCAUUCCUAAUUCUGAUUAUGAUCUCCUAUAUUCCACUUUUUCCUCAACUGUACUUGCACAUGAUACACCAGAGAAGGAAGGUCCUUUCUCAUCCUGAAGAACAAAAGAAAUAUGAAUGAUUCCUGCUCUUGCCCCAGAACUCUCCACAGAUCAAAAAUGCUGCAGACUUUUUGAGUUCCCAACAUGUUUCAUAGGGGAGAAUAAGCAAGGACUAUUUUUAAAUACUAAAAAAGAUAUAAAAAAAAGUGGCCAGUAAACCUGAGUGUUACAAAGAGUUGUUACAUGAAACACUGGAAUAUCUCUUCGGCAUGCUUUUUCAACCAGAAAUCCCAAAAAUGUAAGGAGGGGGAGGGGACGUCACGUUAUGGAGCUUCCCUUCUCUUUGUGUAUCUGCUCAGUAUCCUAAAUUCUAAAUGCUUGAGAGUUCUGUCCAAGUGAUAAAAGUUAUAGCCACUGAAUGCCCAGCUUGAAUUAUAAUUGCGUUUCGUUACUGCAGCGUAUGUACCCUUGCCUUUUCAAGUGCUUGACUGCAUGCUGGAAACCGUAUGUCCUGCCAGAAUGACAGACUUUCUUCUUGCUCUGAGGGGUUCUGGCUGGGCCUUGGGCUCGUCCCCCAGAUCCUAUAUGGGGAUUGUGGUAGACAAGCCCUUGGAGUACCACCAGAGGCAGUGAGGUCACCCAUUAGUCUGGGUCAUGGUUCUGCCUGCCCCCAAGGGUAACGGCCGGCCUCGUGUGGUAUUCCAGGCCGCUUGGCAGUUCUCGGGCAGAAACUACCCUUACUUGGGGCAAUUCAGGACUCACUUGCACAAUAGAACUACUAAGAAACCCUUAUUCUGAGCCUGGUGACAGCUCUUCCUUUUUCCUGCCAUUAACCAGGAUGGGCCAUGGGGGGCGAGAUGCAGUUCUAGAAAGAGAAGGAACGGGCCAAGAGCUCGGUCCCAGGAACCACUCUGAAAUAGCUUUUCCAACAUCUUCAUAGUUUUUUGAUUCUCCAGCGCUCUCUCCCCCUCUGUGCACUUCCUUGGGAUGGUUCUUCCUUCAGCAGCUACUGUGCGAGCAAGACAGAAGUGGUCAGAAAUGAAAAGUUGGGAAGUAAGGAACCCAGGCAUCAUGGAGCUCCUUUGUUUCCCUUGCAAACUCCAUUCUGCUUAAUUACUCACCUGCUAAUUCUGUGACACCAUCUAAAACCUUUCAAGAAGUUGAAUUAAAAUUGGAAAGUUAAUCUUAGAUACUCAUCAGAAUCUAAAUAAAAGUUGGUCUCUGGAGCCUUUACCCAAUUGGUUUUGGUUGAGUGUUAAUGGUAAUUAAAUAAAAUGUCUGGCGUGUAGACUAAUUAUCAUUUUGAAUAUACUUACUAAGAUCAGAUGAGGGUUAUAAUGGAAAACCAAACUUAACCUGUUGUUUUUUUAAAUGCUCAUUUCAUAAGUAUUUUCAAGCGAAGAAGGAAAAUAAACGGGAAACAUGCACAUAGCAUAAAGAGCCCAAAGUAGAUGGGCAAAAUGCAGCUGGGUUGAACAGAGCAGCACAGGACUUGGAGUUGGUACUGCAGAUUGGGCUCCAGCCUCAGUCAUUGACUAGCCGUAUGACCCUGGGCAAGUCACUUAACCUCCGUGCCUCAGUUUCCUCAUCUGUAAAAUGGGGAUGAUAAUAAUAGCACCUACCUCCCAGGGUUGUGGUGAAUAUCAGACAAGAUAAAUUCAUAAGGCACUUUGCAGACCUUAAAGCGCUAUGUAAAUGCUAGCCAUUAUUAUUAAAAAAAAAAUAACCUAUCAAAUCAGUUUGUGUUUGAAUUUACACUUUUUGCUUCAACUUUAAUGGGAUUUAUGUUGGGUGUGUCAGGGGAUAAAAUUAAUUCUGCUUUGAGUUGGCAUGAAAAUUCCCCAUUCUGUCGGGUAAUCUUAAAUUAUAUUAAAUGGUUUUUUGACCCUAAA